AUGGCUCGCCCGGUGGAGCUACCAACUGUAGAUGCACUUUUGAAGUCGCUUGGUUCGUAUGCUGGUAGAGACAAGGCUAUCCGAACGCUAUAUUUUCUGAUCCAGCUGCAUGCACAGAAGAGUGCGAAGAGUAAAGAAUGGAUGGUAAUUGCAAAACAAUUGUCAACCACCAGAAUGGUGCUCCGGCAAUUCAAUGGACUGUCACAACUCAAAGCGCUGAGCACGUUACCCGGUUUAUCAAGGAUUUUGGACAAAUUUGAUUUUACUUGCGUGAGCACCAUUACCGUCGCAUAUACCAUCUACUGGGGCGUGGAAUUGUUAGCCUGGCUUUCAGACGCAAGGGUGUUAGCUUACGAUUCGGUACGGCUCUUCCGGUAUUGUCUAUAUCUCUGGCUGAUUGCCAUUGUAGCCGGCGUCUUGAAGCAGAUCCGAGAAGUUUGUAAAAAGGGGCUCGAGAAGGGGCGAGACGAGCUGUGGACAUUGGUGGGCCUUGUUUGCGAUGGGCUAUCCGCCGUCAAUAUGUUGCCCCACAAGGGCUUCCUGUGGUCGGGCAAAUUUUCAACACGACAACAGGCCAGCUUCUCCCUAAUCGCAUCGGCCAUCGGAUGGAGCAAGACGCUA